AUGCUUCCAUCAGUAUCAGAGUUUCUAAGAGAUUCAGCAGUCUCAUUUGCAGCAACAUCUUCCAGUUCUCAGUCGGCAACAACGAUAUCCCAACCAAUAUCCAUAUGCUUGGGAAACCCAGCGGGAGAUGCUGAUAGUAUCAUCAGCGCCAUCGCAUUCGCCUACAUCAACACUGUAUUAUUUUUAAGCGCUUCGUGUUCUUCCGAAGAGGAUUCUUCUAUGACGAAAUCUACAACUACAAUUCCUAUCGUCUCUAUUCCACAUGAAAGUUUGACCACCCAAAGACCCGAAACCAGAUAUAUUUUACAGCAAUUGGCCAAGAUUGAUUUGAAUGAUUUGAUCGCCAUUGAUUCUCUCCAUCUUCCUACAUCCGCCUCAGUCUCGUUGGUUGAUCACAAUUCGUUGACAAUAAAAAACAAGCCCGAUUGGACUGUGGUUUCCAUCUUGGACCACCAUAUUGAUGAAGGACAACACAUGGACUCUUGUUCCGCUCCCGAACAACGAAAUGUGGCGUUUGAUUCCAAAACAUCGUCGGCACUGGUGGCAAGCACUUGUACACUCGUGGUGGAACGCUUUCCUGUUUCAGAUAAAUUCCCGCCGACCUUAGCAGUUCUCUUGUUGGGUGUAAUUCUAUUGGACUCUGUCAACCUGUCGCCCAAGGCGGGCAAAGUAACGCCUCGUGAUGAAUCAGCGGUCCAGACCUUGUUGGACCGAACGACUUGGUCAGAGCUUCGUCUUCCAGAAGAAAUAUUGGCCAACGAUGGCAAACCGGACCCCACCAAACUCUUUGACAUUUUGCAAAACCAAAAGUUCCACCCCGACUUUUGGAAUUCUUUGACGCUAUUGCAAGCACUCAAUCUAGACUUCAAGUCCUUCGAAAUUAUGCCGCCUAGAUCUUUUGGAGUCGCAUCAGUGCUGCAAACCAUGACAGAGUUCAUGGAAAAGCACGAUUGGAUGAAUUCCAUGGAUUCAACAUGCUCCAAAUUUGUCAUGUCGUUCGACGUGUUUGCCAUCAUGUUCUUUUCUUUUAGCAACAGAGCUGGAGAGGACACUGGUCCCCAACGGCAGUUGGCUUUGUUGGCCAAGAGUGAAGAAUCCUUGGAAGAGGUGGCAGACUCCUUGAAACAAGAUACUAGUUUGCAACUGGAAGAGGUGAAACGGUCAAAAUCCAACGACGACAUGUACUUGAUCUGCUUCAAACAAGGUAAUCCCAAGGCAAGUCGGAAACAGGUAGCGCCUAUUCUCAUGAAGUACUUCACGUCAUAA